AAUGUACUUUUACAGUCACAUGCUGCGGCCAGGCCUAAUUUGCAUUAAAUUGUGAAUCGACCUGCUAGGAAUUGCAUAGGCAUGUAUUGACUUAGAACAUGCAAGACAAAGGACAUAAACAGUUAUAAUUUUGUUGGUUUCAGGCCCUUGAGUUUUGACCUUUCAUCAAUUGCAGAUAUCUAGGAUCAUAGACUCUUUGGGACUCUUGGUGGCCUAAAUGGAAUUACAAGCUUCUGACUAUCUAUUCCUUUGCAUCGCUCUUCUUCUGCAUACAUCUUCAGGUUUACAAAAUGCCGAGGUCAAGGUUAGAGACGCAAAUCUUAUCACAAUUACUUUGUUUAUCAUUUCAUCCAGGAAUGUGAUUUCUGUUGAGUUGCUUCCCGUUCUGCGAGAUCAUUAAUAAAAACUCAACUCACUAGUGUAAUCCUUCUCUUUAUAUAACUUUAGUUUGUUUAUGUGAAUAGCAUGUCAAUAAGAUUCAAGUAAAUUGAGUGUCUAAAUAAUAUUUGGUUGAUUUUUUUGUCUUGUUUUAAUGAGGAAUAGGGGAUCGGAAGUACCUCAAAGACAGUCUCCUCGAGGUCCGCAUCAGCUCAGGACAUCAAGUUCUGAUUCAGAUCCACCACAUCAUCGACCAAUUGCUGAUCGCAGUCCCAAGCUUGGAGACCGUCGCUCGCCAAGAGGUGCCCCUCACUCUGAUCCAGUACACCAGAAGAAACUUGGUACUCGCAUUGCGGAUUUGGAAUCUCAACUUGGGCAAGCGCAAGAAGAGCUAAAGGUUCUGAAAGACCAGUUGGCAUCAGCUGAGGCUGCAAAGAAGGAAGCUCAAGAAGAACUGGAGAAGAAAAUCAAGAAACCAAAAGCUAGAGAGUCUCUGGAGAUUGCAAAACAGCAUUCUCCAAGUGAAAUCCAAGAAGAAGCUAAUAUAAGAGAAACCUAUCCCCAGGAAGAAUUUCAGGAUGAAAUCGAGCAGGAGACUGAUGUUUUUGAAGUUCCGGUAGAGAAAGUAACAGUUGAGCCCAAGGUUGAAAUCAGUCAACAGACCUCUGAGGAAAAAGAGACCAAACAAAUUGACGUAUCGACUGAACCACCGGCAACUCCAGAGCCAGAGAAAGCAUCUGACCAUGACUUAUCUCUGGCAAAGGAAGAGAUAACCAUGCUAAAAUCCAAGUUAGAAGAGAAGGAGAAAGAGCUAGUGGUGAUCGGUCAAGAAAAUGAAAGCCUGAAACAGCAGGUGAAUGAGGCUACCUUGAAGAUUUCAACUGCUGAAGUGAAAAAAGAGGAAAUGACACAGAACCUGAGCCAACUUGGAGAAGAGUUGAAGGCAAGUAAAGAAGAGGUGGUAAAGUUGAAGGAGAAGCUGGAAGCUGUGGAAGGAGCGAAAGAGGCACUAGAAACGGAGAUGAAGAAGCUGAGAGUACAGACCGAACAGUGGAGAAAAGCAGCAGAUGCGGCAGCAGCUGUUCUUGCUGGCGGUGUAGAGAUGAAUGGGAGGAUUCCUGAGAGGUGUGGAUCCAUGGAUAAGCACUUUGGUGGUGUGUUUGAGCCAUUGGCAGGCGGCUAUGCCGGCUUUGUAGGAUCGCCUGGGAUGGCAGAUGACUUGGAUGAUGGUUUUGGUAGUGGUAAACGAAAGGGUUCUGGAAUUAAAAAGUUCGGAGACUUGUGGAAAAGGAAAGGUAACAAAUAAUCAAGAAUCACUCUUUUGUGAUGUCGAAAUCCUUUUUCAGUAUUGAUAAUGUUAGCGAAAUGGUUGCUCGCUAUUUUGUGUCGUGCUGGUAGAUCGUGUUCUUAAUAGUUAGUGUUUGAAAUUAUGUACUGAUCUGAACACUUACGGAUGAUUCCAAUAAGUUGUACUUGAAUUGUGGCAAAUCCAGAAACCAC